AUGCCUGCACCAAUAUCAUUAUCUAAUCUUCGUAUUCUUAUUCAUCCUCAUUAUUCAAUCAAUAUAAUCUUAUCUGUUAGUUAUCUUCUACUGAAACAAUUGCUUCCUGGAUCUUUAAGUGCAUAUAUUUUCUUGAACGAUGCAAUAACAACACAAGAUACUCAAGUUCUAUUACUUUUAGCAACAAUAAUAACAAUCCGUGGACGAAAAGCAUUAACAUGGUUACAUUACAUUGAUAAUGUUUGUAAAUACUCAAAAAUGGCUAAUUGCCUUUUAUUCUAUCGUGAAGAUUCCUAUGUUUUAUUGAUAUUCUAUAUCAUUGUAUGCCUACUUCAUUUUCUUUUUUUCCCUCCACCUGAACCAUCGGGAAAAACAAAUAUAUUUCAUUAUCGUGCAAAUAAUUUAGAUAAUGAAAUUCGUGCUGAUCCUCGCUUAAUGUGGCUUGUUUGUUUUUAUGCUCCAUGGUCUCCUCCAUGUCAAAAUUUUUCAAGCGUUUUUGUUGAUUUAUCAACACGUUUUGGCGAUUUAAAAACAUUUAAAUUUGUUAAAUUUGAUGUUAAUCGAUAUCCAACUGAAGCAACGAAAUUUAAAAUAGAUACAUCAACAUUUUCCAAGCAAUUACCAUCUGUUGUUUUAUUUCAAGAUGGAAAAGAAGUGAAACGACGACCACAAAUUGAUAUUAAAGGACGAGUCUUAGAUUCACAACGUUUAUUAACAGCUGAUUACUUAAUUGAUGAGUUUGGUCUUGCCGAACUUUACACAAAAGAAGCGAAUAAAAUAAAAACGAAUACCAAGAAACAACAAUGA